ACUGAAAAGAGGACAGGAGUUGGCCAGGGGGGAUGCCCGGUUGCCAGCACGGGGGGCACUGACAGGCGCGUCCCGGCGCUGGGCGACGCCCCCGCCACUGAAGCUGUGUUUGGGAGCACUUUCAAAAUGGGCCAGGCGAAAAGAAAAACAAAUUGAUUUUUUGUUUUUAAAGAAACUAAAAAAGAUAACUUCCUUUUUAGAGAAGUUAAAGUAGUUUGCGGAUGUCAUAGCUAAGUAGGUUGAGCUUUCCAGGUUGACGUGUGUGACUUGGCUGACGAGAGAAUGAGUGACAGAUGUCACGAUCGUUUCUGGCAUCAUCUCUUUGCUGGUUCUUAAGUCUGGAAAAGAUCGAGGUCGUGAUCACAGAAGCCAGACCUCCACUUUCCAGUGACAGAGGGAGAUUACCGAGGCAUUUUAGUGCCAAGGCGGGUCAAAUGAUAAUUGCUUCUAAUUGGCAUCCUUAGAAGCACCUUAAUUAUUUAUCUGCAGCUGUCACUCAAAGAGCAGAAUUCUUCCUACUUUUGGAAAACUUUCAAUACUGUUUUUUCUUUCAAUGCUGUUAUUCUAACGUGUACAAACCAAAGCCUGAAAUCAGCAAGAGCAAACAUAUUUAUAUGAAACGUUGUUUGCAAAUUAUCUUCUAAUUUUAAAGUGUUGUUGUAUCAUCUUAAAAAAUGAGAUCUGAAAAACAGAAGAUAUGUGAAAGGCAAAACCAGUUGAGAAGGUGUGGGAAUGAGGGAGACAGUUAAUUCAGAAAUAAGAUCCAGAAGUGAGAAGGCAAAGUACUAGCUCUGUGAUUAGAUCGAAUUCUCCAACAACAACAUCUCAGAUUAUGGCAAGAAAGAAAAGAAGAGGGAUAAUAGAGAAAAGGCGUCGAGAUCGGAUAAAUAACAGUUUAUCUGAGCUGAGACGACUGGUGCCAACUGCUUUUGAAAAACAAGGAUCUGCAAAGUUAGAAAAAGCCGAAAUAUUGCAAAUGACAGUAGAUCAUUUGAAGAUGCUUCAGGCAACCGGGGGUAAAGGCUACUUUGACGCGCACGCUCUUGCCAUGGACUUCAUGAGCAUUGGGUUCCGAGAGUGCUUAACGGAAGUGGCGAGGUACCUGAGCUCCGUGGAAGGCCUGGACUCCUCGGAUCCCCUGCGGGUGCGACUGGUUUCUCAUCUCAGCACGUGUGCCUCACAGCGGGAGGCGGCGGCGAUGACGUCCUCCCUGGCCCACCACCACCACCCCCUACAUCCUCACCACUGGGCGGCGGCCUUCCACCAUCUCCCUGCAGCCCUGCUCCAGCCCAACGGACUCCACGCCUCGGAGUCUACGCCUUGCCGCCUCUCCACAACUUCGGAAGUGCCUCCUGCCCACGGCUCCGCCCUCCUCACCGCCACAUUUGCCCACGCAGAUUCUGCCCUUCGGAUGCCGUCUACAGGCAGUGUCGCCCCAUGCGUGCCACCCCUCUCCACUUCUCUCUUGUCCCUGUCAGCCACUGUCCAUGCUGCGGCUGCAGCAGCCACUGCAGCAGCGCACAGCUUCCCGCUGUCCUUCGCUGGGGCGUUCCCCAUGCUGCCCCCAAACGCAGCUGCAGCAGUGGCCGCGGCCACAGCCAUCAGCCCGCCUCUGUCCGUGUCAACCACAUCCAGCCCCCAGCAGACAAGCAGUGGAACAAACAGUAAACCUUACCGACCCUGGGGGACAGAAGUGGGCGCUUUUUAAGUUUUCAGUGAACUUCUUGCAAUAGUAACUGAAUGUCCUUCAUUUCAGAGUCAGCUACAAACCUCUGCACCCAGAGGUAGCCAUGCAGAUGCCUACAGAUCCACAAAGGAACAAUAAAGCUAUUUGAGACACAAACCUCACAAGUGGAAAUGUGGUAUUAUCUUUUUUUUUCCCCCUUUUUUUUUUGUUUUUUUGUUUAAGGCAGCUUGGUAACUGACAUCAGCAACUUUUGAAAAUGGCACACUUGUUUCAAUUUAAAUUUUCCUGGAAAAUAUAUAGACUGUACCAUCCGAGCAGUGCAUCAGUAUCUCUGAAGGGGAGAAGAAAAAUGCCCUGACUGAAUUCUCUUGAAACUAGAUGGAAAAAAAAUAUUCGUUUUUAUUAAGUGCCUGAGCUAAUAAUUUUUUUUUUCUGAACAUAGAACAUUGCACAAGUAAAGAAGAGUGGAGAGAUUAGGUUAAGAAAGAAAGGGGACAGACUUCCUGUGUUAGGCUGCAGGCAUACAAUGCCAGACAAGAGUACUCUGUUGAAACCAACAGGUUUUUAUUGGCCAAAAGGAUUGCUGAAAAUAAUUUUCAAGUUGAAAGGUCUAGUUUUAUCUUCGUUUGCUUUCUCUGUACAGACUUGCCAAGUGAUGACAUUCAGCAAUGCAUUGGUAUAAGCAAUUAUUCCAUCAGUGCUCAGAUUAACAAGUGUUUCUGCCCUGCCUGCAAACAGACCCCCAGGCACUUUUUUUUCCCAUGGCUCAAAAGAUGGUGCUUCUUCAAAUUAACCAUACAUUGAGAGAGUGCACCUAGGAACGCUUGCCUACUGUGUGCCCACCAGAGGCUGUUUGAUUCAUGCCAACUUGAAAACUCCAGUUUAUAAAAGCUUAGAUUAAUUUAUUCAGUUUCAUUUGGACUGUUUCACAUAUUUAUCUUCUUCAUUUUGUCCUGAUAAUGAGUACUGUCUAUUUUUGUCACCUUUUUGGGAAAAGCGGCAUUUCUGGAGGUGAUGAGACAAGGAGAGAGCAUUGGGAAGAGAAAAGCCAUUGAUUUUUAAGUGCUUUUUGUCAAGCUCGCGAUUGUGUUUGAUCCCAAAUCAAGAUGAAUGUAUGCGAUGGGAUGUACAGAAAUUAUUUUUGCCCAUGCCUAGACUAGUGCUACAUAAUGGUGUUUUGGUUUUGUUUUUUUUAUUUUGUUUAAUGACAAAAUAAUCUCUUAAUACAUUGAAAUUGAGCACGUGAGAUUUUAUGUUUGAAAGAUAAAAACACAGCAUGUAUUAUUAUGCACUUCAUUUCUCUGCUGUGUGGAGAAAGCAAUAAACAUGAGAAUGUUAAACAUUA